ACAACAUCCAGACUGACCAAUCACAGCAGCAUCACCGGGGUAACAGAUUGUGUCCACCAGACAGGAGGCCUCCUAAUUGGCUCCUGCUAUGAUCUGGCAAAUGGAGAGAGCACGCUAAAUUUGUUCUCUCUGCCUCAGUGUCGCUACCUGGCCUCUCUGACCUGGCCCGAUGCUCCCAGAAUGCUCUGCUUUGCGGCGUGGGCCACUGGGAGCGGUGACCACCGGUGGGUCACGGGAGGUCGCGGUCUCAUUGUUUGGGAGCAGCUCCCCAGCUCCGGGAAGCAAAGGGGUGACGUCACGGUGAAGAGAGACAGUCGAUUGGACUCGUGCACGCUAGAAUCAGAGGAGGAAACAGAAGAUGAUGAGGAGACUGAUGAUUACGAAGAUGAUGAUGAUGACAACAAUGAAGGGGCAGACGGGCGGUGUGAUGGCACGGAGGCUGAGGGGCUCGGUGCGUGGCUGCGCUGUGUUCUCCAGUGAGUGCUGGUUUCUCACGCUGAGGACACCAUGGCCUGCAACCACGGAGAGGAAAUGAGAGGGAGGGAGGGGAGUGAAGUGUGACAGACUGAGUGUCGGAGGGGGAGCAUAUGGAUGGUGUGUGUACAUAUGUGUGAGUGAUAGGCAGAUUGUUUUCUAUGUAAAUAUUAUUUCCAUGUACAAUAAAGCCGUCCCACUGUGACUCUGACCUCC